UAUUUCUCUAGACCCAUGUGUUCCGUACACAGCAAGUUGGAACAUGAGUUGUGAUACAUUAAAAAAUGACCCACGCAAGUGCACUGCCUAAUCGAACGUGGAAUCCAUCAUAUAUAGAAGAUACAAAUUGCUGGAUGUGUAACUGAUCGGCAUAUUUAUCUUAUCGUUUAUACUCAAGCCUUUUGUGCUAUUAUCUAACAGAUUUAUUCCAGUGCUACUGUUACACAUAACCUUACAGACAGUCUUUCAAAAUUGUUACACUAAAAUGGAUCUUUUUUACUCAAUUGGACUUUUCGUGAUUAUUUUUAUCGGUAUUUUAUAUUAUUCUGCGACUACUUUUGAUUUUUGGACCAGACAAGGCAUUUAUACUGAUAGGAAUUUAAUUCCAAUUUUUGGAAAUGCAUUACCUGUAUUGUUAAUGCGCAAAAAUCUUUCAAUGCUUUGCAAUGAGGCCUGCAAGAACUUGUCCUCAAAUUACAGUUUAAUUGGUAUGUUUUUUAUGCAGACACCAUUACUAGUCAUACGCGAUCCAGAAUUGAUUAAAAAUGUUUUGAUUAAACACUUCAAUUAUUUUCGGAAUAAUGCCUUAUAUGUGAACGACAGAGAUGACCCGUUUAUGGUUAAAAAUCCAUUUUUUGCAGUCGACGAGUCUUGGAAACAAAAUCGAGCUUAUUUAGUGAGCAAAAUGUCACCAAAAAAACUCAAAACACUUUUUCUGAUUAUCAGUGACAUAUCAAUAAAAUUCAAAAAUUAUCUAAAAGAACUACUUAAAAAUGAAGGAAGCAAUAUUGUAGAGCUAAAAACAAUUAUUAUGAAAUUCACUGGUGAAAUCGUAGCUAAUACAGCUUUCGGUAUUGAAGGUCAAGGUUUCAAUAAAGAUAGAGAUCCAGAUUGUUUUACAGUAAAACUUGAACAUUUUUUACAACCAACUUAUUUAAGUGGUGUCAAAGAAACCAUUCGAUUUUACUUUCCCAAUCUAGCAAGUUUUUUGAGGAUAGGUUUUUUACCAAUGAAAUUAUCUAUUUUUCUUUUGAAAACUAUCGAAGACGUUUUCAAUUAUAGAGUAAAGAAGCAUAUUGUAAUUAAUGACUUAUUACAAAUGGCAAUCGAGUCAACAGAUAAUCCAAAUUUAGAAGUAGUCUCAGCACAUGUAAGCGCUUAUUUUUUCGAUGCUUAUGAAACUUCUGCGACAAUUGCUUCGUUCGCUUGUUAUAAUUUAGCGUAUUAUCCAGAUAUUCAAGAAAAAACUCGCAAACACAUUGAAAAGGUCUUAAACGACCAUGAUUUCAGAUUGAGCAUUGAAGCCCUUAGAGAUAUGUUUUAUUUAGAUCAAGUAAUUAACGAAACAAUAAGAUUGCACCCAAUCUUAGGAAUCAAUAUCAGAUCCUGCAAUCAAGAUAUUUCUCUUCAGUCAUCAGAUGGUCAAAACGUCCACAUCAAAUCAGGAAAUUUGCUGUGUAUUCCAGUACAAAGUAUACAUACUGAUGAAAAAUACUGGAAAAAUCCAUUUGUUUUUGAUCCUGAUAGAUUUAGUGAAGAUAGGAAAAAAGAAAUCGUCAAGUUUACUUUUUUACCGUUUGGUGAAGGCCCACGUAUAUGUGCUGGUAAAAAUUAUGGCAUUAUGAUCGUCAAGGUAGCUUUGAUAAUAAUUUUAAGAGAUUUUAUAAUAAAAGGAUUGCAAGAAAAAAUGCCAGCAAUGACUUACGAUCAUCGUAGCUUCUUGACAGCCUCUAAAGAUGGUCUGCAAGUACAUUUAAUAAAAAGAUAAUUUAGGAAUAUAUAAUUUAUAAAAACUUAUUCGUUGACCAUUUAUUAUUGUUAUUAUAAAAAUGAAAAGUGUAUUAAUCUGGUUAGAUAUAAAAAGUAAUAAUAAAUAAAAGUGUAUUAAUUUGUGCCAGUCCAGAAAAAUAGUGUAACCUUUUUUUUUUGACACACAAACUUAUGACGUACAAAAUUUUUUUAACCAAGGCUC